GAAUAUAAGUACCUUUCUUCCUCUCCAAGACGCUGCAAGUUUUUCUAUAAAAAAACACAUCUGUUCUUCAUCUUCUUCGUUCGAAGCAACAACAAUGGCGACACCGAUGGUAGAAGACGCAAGCUUCGAAGACGAUCAGCUAGCGUCUAUGUCAACGGAAGAUAUUCAAAGAGCUUCUCGUCUUCUCGAUAACGAGAUUCGAAUCCUCAAGGAAGAAUUGCAGAGAACUAAUCUCGAAUUGGACUCGUUUAAGGAGAAGAUCAAGGAGAAUCAGGAGAAGAUUAAACUCAACAAGCAACUUCCUUAUUUGGUUGGAAAUAUUGUUGAGAUUUUGGAAAUGAACCCAGAGGAUGAAGCUGAGGAAGAUGGUGCUAAUAUUGACCUUGACUCGCAAAGGAAGGGUAAAUGUGUUGUGCUAAAAACUUCUACUCGUCAGACAAUUUUCUUACCUGUGGUUGGUCUUGUGGACCCGGAUAAACUGAAACCCGGUGAUUUGGUGGGUGUGAACAAAGAUAGUUACUUGAUAUUGGACACAUUGCCAUCUGAGUAUGAUUCUCGAGUUAAAGCCAUGGAGGUUGAUGAAAAACCUACUGAAGAUUACAAUGACAUUGGAGGCCUUGAAAAACAGAUACAAGAGCUAGUUGAGGCUAUAGUCUUGCCAAUGACUCAUAAAGAGCGGUUUCAAAAAUUAGGGAUCCGUCCACCUAAAGGAGUGCUUUUGUAUGGGCCACCGGGAACCGGGAAAACUUUAAUGGCUCGAGCAUGUGCUGCACAAACGAAUGCUACUUUCCUGAAGCUAGCCGGACCCCAGCUUGUUCAGAUGUUUAUUGGUGAUGGUGCAAAACUUGUUCGUGAUGCAUUUCAACUUGCAAAAGAGAAAUCUCCUUGCAUCAUAUUUAUCGAUGAAAUUGAUGCUAUUGGUACAAAGCGGUUUGAUAGUGAAGUAAGCGGGGAUAGGGAGGUCCAGAGAACUAUGUUAGAACUACUUAAUCAGUUGGAUGGUUUCAGCAGUGAUGAGCGAAUUAAGGUAAUAGCAGCAACAAAUCGUGCUGAUAUUUUAGACCCUGCCCUCAUGCGUUCUGGACGAUUGGAUCGUAAGAUCGAGUUUCCUCAUCCUACUGAGGAAGCCAGGGCCCGGAUCAUGCAGAUUCAUUCCCGGAAGAUGAACGUUCACCCAGAUGUCAACUUUGAAGAGCUGGCUCGCUCUACGGAUGACUUCAAUGGGGCACAAUUGAAAGCUGUCUGUGUGGAAGCUGGCAUGCUCGCUCUUCGCCGUGAUGCAACUGAGGUAAACCAUGAAGACUUUAAUGAAGGUAUCAUACAAGUUCAAGCUAAGAAGAAAGCAAGCUUAAAUUACUAUGCUUAGGAUGCAAUUUCGGCAUCACGGUGUACAAGUUCAACCUAUUUGAUAUUUUUCAUGACUUUAUUUGUAUCCAAAUUUACAUCAUACGAUUCAACAGCUGCUAAUGUUGGACUAGUUUGUUUGUUUAGUAUCUCGCUGCUUGUCCAGUAACUUUGUUUUCUUUGUUUU